ACUCCAUAUGAAUUACUACGGGACAACUGUCUCGUGUUCAUACCGUCCAACAAGGUGGGAAAAUUAACAUGAAUAAGUAAACAAGUUACAUUAUAAAUUCAAGACCUGGGCAACGCAAUGCUUACAAUGUGAAAACAAUGUCUGGGAUAAGUCCUGAUUGGGUGGAGAUCCUGGAGCCACGCUCUCGAGAGCACAUGUACCUGAACCUGGCCACCAGCGAAUGCGGAUGGGACCCUCCUUUGGGCACCACCAUUCGUCAGGCCGAUGGUAAACAGUGGUGGGAGCUGUUUGACCCCCAGAGCGGCCGCUUCUACUACUACAAUUCUGUGGAACGGCGGACUAUCUGGCACCGACCCCAGGGGGGUGACAUAGUGCCCCUGUCUCAGCUACAGGCUAUAAAGCACUGUUCUGAGGCCAAGCGAGCCGGGGAGAGCAGAGAGAGGCACCAUGGGGCGGGGAGUACAGGGAGCCAGGGAUGCCGCACCCCUCUUCCAGAGCACCUAGGGGCAGGGAGCCUCGGGAGUACAGGGAGCCAGGGAUGCUGCACCCCUCUUCCAGAGCACCUAGGGGCAGGGAGCCUCGGGAGUACAGGGAGCCAGGGAUGCCGCACCCCUCUUCCAGAGCACCUAGGGGCAGGGAGCCUCGGGAGUACAGGGAGCCAGGGAUGCUUCAUCCCUCUUCCAGAGCACCUAGGGGCAGGGAGCCUCGGGAGUACAGGGAGCCAGGGAUGCCGCACCCCUCUUCCAGAGCACCUAGGGGCAGGGAGCCUCAGGAGUACAGGGAGCCAGGGAUGCUUCAUCCCUCUUCCAGAGCACCUAGGGGCAGGGAGCCUCGGGAGUACAGGGAGCCAGGGAUGCCGCACCCCUCUUCCAGAGCACCUAGGGGCAGGGAGCCUCAGGAGUACAGGGAGCCAGGGAUGCUUCAUCCCUCUUCCAGAGCACCUAGGGGCAGGGAGCCUUGGGAGUACAAGGAGCCAGGGAUGCCGCACCCCUCUUCCAGAGCACCUAGGGGCAGGGAGCCUCGGGAGUACAGGGAGCCAGGGAUGCCGCACCCCUCUUCCAGAGCACCAUAGGGCAGGGAGCCUGGGGCACCGCACUUCUCUCCCAGAGCAGGAGAACUCCGUCCCCAAAACCCCUGAGACCCACAGCGAGAGUGAGACCACGGACAUAGGACCAGCUCAGGGAGGCAGCAGCUCGGACGGAACCGAGGAGUCACUGAAGGAGCUCUCUCAGAGAUGGCAGCCUUCCCCAGUGUCUAAGGCAGCCAUAUUGGUCAACGUGAACAGUGUCAGUCGGAUCCAGCCUGGAGGCCCAUCUAGCCCGGCCCUGCAACUCCAUCACCAUAACACACACACCAAGCCCAGUGGCCACCAGACCUUCACCCUCCUCCCCCUCAGCAGCAAGCCCCCGUGGGCCCACUCCUGCAUUGCCCAGCGCUACAAGACCGCUCCCUCUGGCAAGAUGGCCGCCGAUGCCCACCACCUAAGGAAGACGGGCAAUGGAAGCUUCUAUCUGGUGUCCUCUGACCCUCCCCAAACCCCAGGCAAUCUCAGGUCCCAGCUCAGCACCCCCAGGUCAGUGUCACCCCAGUAUGCCUCCACAUUUCCCCUCUACGAUGACGAGGGAUCACAGUGUCCCAUCUAUGAUGAGCCUCCUGCGGACAUGGAGGUGGAGGGGGCUAACCUCCAUAAUGGGCCUGGUGGUCUGUCCCGCCUCACCCCCACACACAGCCUGCAGAAGCUCAGGUUCCUCCAGCACCCUGGCUCCUCUCACUCAAUCUCUAGGCACAAGAGGAACCCCUCUGACUACAGUCCUGCUGGCCUGGAGGGCAUCAGGCACAUGGUCAAUGUGGACCCCAAACAGGCCCUUCUGUCCACCUCCGCUGGCCUCAACCUCACCCCCACCCCACGGCCGGACCCCCUCUUGGCCCAGCCCCAGAGGGAGUCAGGGAUCCCAGUGAUGCCAGGUAUCCUGGAGAAGAAGCAGACAUGGCGGGCCCUGGAGGCCAGUGUGUUGAGGGCGAUGGAGGCUCGCCACAACAGGCAGAGCAGCCAGGACUUCCACACACCUCCAAGGCCCCGGACCACCAUCACCUACCAGGACUCUGGCUACUCCACUGGGCCCUCACCCAGCCUGAGGAGGAAGAGCCGGCGGAGGGUGGGGGCCGGGGGGAGACCAGGCUCAGUGGGCAGCAGCGGGGACCUGUGUGCCCUCAACGAGAAGGUGAUGUUGGAGAUGAGGGAGGUGGUGAGCCGCUCCAACACCAUGAGGGAGAUGAAGGCUGGAGACCUGGGGGCGCGAGAAGACGUCCACUCCGCCAGCCGUUUGCUGAGCAGGGUAGGUAAUCAUAGCAUCCCGGCCCUGGCGCCGCUGGAGAUGACAGGAAGGCAGAAGAGGACCUAUGAGAAGGUGGACAGCCUGAAGAAGAGCAUCACCAGCCAAGCCAGCCUCUCCUCACCAGAUACCCCCGGACCCCCCUUACAGGUGGGGACCAUGGAACUGAAGGCUCAGUUGGACAGCAGGAAGAAAGGUACGGUAGAUGGACAAACAGGCUCACUGGGCCCCCACCACCAACUCUCCAUCUCCCGUGACAACAGAGAGGGAGGAGGAAUAGGAGGCUCCUACCACCAGCUCUCUUACGCCAGACUGCGCCAGCCCCCGACCACAGACACCUCAGGCAUGGCGGACUGGGCCAGCAAGCACCUGAACAUGCACACCCAGGGCCUGUUCCGCCGCCGUGUCUCCAUCGCCAACAUGCUCUCCUGGAACCGCGGCUCCAUCAAGAAGCCCAUGCUGGUGACCAGCGACCGCGCUGUGAGGAAGGAGGCCUGUGAGAUGUUCAAGCUGGUCCAGGCCUACAUGGGAGACAGACCCUCCCGCCUAGACCGCCGCCACACUGCCCUGCUCAUCAUCACUAAGUGCUGGGGCACGCAGGGCCUUAGGGACGAGCUGUAUGUGCAGCUGGUGAGGCAGACCACGGGCAACACCAGCCCAAGGAGCCUGGCUGCAGGCUGGGAGCUGAUGGCCGUCAGCCUGGCCUUCUUUGCCCCCUCGCCCAAGUUCCGCUGCUACCUGGAGGGAUACAUCCAGAGGCACUCGGAUCCGAACAGCGACAAGAAACAGGGUGGGUCGUAUUUCCCUGAUUCCUCCGUCACUCUGUCUAUGGGUGUCAUUAACAGCAUGACAGUGACUCAGUUCACACUAGAGCAGCAAGACAUGAAACUGAAGAAGAACUCAAAGUCCAGAAAGAAACGGAAACAGAAUACAGAUGAAGAAGGUCUACCUAUCAGCUCGUACGCAAAGUUCUGCUAUCGCAAACUACAGAAAGUGGCCGUAACUGGAGGCAAAAAGGGUCUACGUAAGCCCACUCUGGAGGAGAUUGACCACAGCAGACGGGCCAUCGUGACCCCCUCCCUGUUUGGCAGCUCCCUGGACGAGGUGAUGGAGCGCCAGAGUGAACUCUUCCCAGACAGGAAGCUACCCUGGGUACAGGUGCAGCUCUCCCAAUACGUCCUGGCACUGGGAGGGGCCCAGACCGAAGGCAUCUUCAGGGUGCCAGGAGAUAUCGAUGAAGUCAACGCACUUAAGCUUCAGGUCGACCAAUGGAGGAUCCCAGAAAACCGUUCAGACCCCAACGUACCUGCCUCCCUUAUGAAGCUUUGGUAUCGUGAGUUGGAGGAGCCUCUCAUCCCCAUGGCCUUCUACAAGCAGUGUGUCAGUAACUAUGAUGACCCUGUAGCAGCUGUCAAUGUUGUCCAGUGCCUGCCUGAGCUCAACAGACUGGUGCUGUGCUACUUCAUCCACUUCCUGCAGGUGUUUGCUCAGCCUGGCAAUGUGUCUGUUACUAAGAUGGAUGUCAAUAACCUUGCCAUGGUGAUGGCCCCAAACUGCCUCCGCUGCCAGUCUGAUGAUCCACUAGUCAUCUUUGAGAACACACGCAAGGAGAUGUCCUUCCUGCGCAUGCUCAUCGUUCACCUGGACACCACUUUCAUUGAGGGUGUUGUAUAGACUGACUCCUGCCUUCCCUGACAUCACAUGCCCCAUGGUCACAGAGAGAUUCACUCUGUUUUUCUGUAUGAUGCCUGCCCCACUCCAUUGACUGGUCUGAAAGCGCGAAGCAGCAACACAUGCACUGGAAAAUCAUACUAUAUGUUAUGAAUUUGUUGUGCUUAAUAUCCUGGAGUGUAUCUUUAAUACUGUCACUUGACAUUGGACCCGCCCUCUGUUCUACUGGCUGGCUGCAGAACAAUACAUACUGUAUGUGCUGACUGCAGAGGAGAUAUUGUGCUCUUUGAUGGAAACCCCACAAUGAUGACACUCAAAAAGACUACAAAUGACUUCACAUCAUAGGUACUGGUUUUUAUCCAGUUCGUUUUGAUGAUUUUUUAACUGCAUGUCAAAUCUAAAUGUCCUUAUGACUGAAUGUGAAGUGCUAUUGUUUCACUGGAUAUGUGGGCUGUGCAUAAGGAGUUUCAUAUAGUUUGUAUUGGACUUUGUCGUCAGGAAACAGGGCAACUGACAAACAGACCCGGGGUCCCUGCCUUAUUUAUAUCUACAUAGAAAUCAUGUUGAUAUUUGGCCUCUUUUGUCGGGCUGUGUGUGUGUUUUUGGGUGCGUGUGUGUGUGAUGAUGGGGAAAAUAUAUUUAAAAUGUCUCAUUGGAAAUAAGCUUGCCUGUGGUGUUUUAGUAGUUGUAUUAACAAAAGCAUGUUGAUACUUUUAUCUGAAGCGGCAGAGUACCACCACAGCUAUUUUAAUAUACUGUACAGUCAGAGCCUACGUGUCAAAGUACAAACUGUAAGAAAUAAGACCAUGUGUUUUGGAGCUUAUGUAAAAUGCCCUUUUUUAGUGGUCUGUGGAGAGAGUGUUCUGCACUAAAAACCUUCUGGUGUUAAACUGCUGAGGAAGGAGGUUGUAAAUGUAUACUGUCUGGUACAUGUAUGUGUUGUACUGUACUGUGUAUAUGGGAGAUAUAUUCAAGGCGAUAAAACAAUAUCUCAUUGAAAAGAGGCAUAAACAAAUGUAUAAAGUACUACUGUCACAUUUUCUUUGUGGUCUAUAGAUCUUUUGGCUCAGGUGUUCUGUUACAACAGUUUUAGUGAUAACUGCUCUCUGCUUCCCGGUCUACCUGAAAGUCAGAUUUUUACGUGCUCCAAAACUAUAGAUGGGGCACUCUGGUGAUGCAGAUAAGACUGUCCCUGAAGGCUUUGCUCAUGUAAAUAAUGCUUGUAAAUAGUAAAAUCUAUGGGUGUAUUUUUUUAAAUGAUCCAGGGUAAAGGUGAAUAUUUCUGUUGCGAUAGAGAAAAAAAACAGGUGUUUUUGUUGGUUUUUUAAUUACUGCUCAUUUCCUUGCUGUAAACUUGCCUUUGAAAAUAGUACUGAUUCAACCACUCUAUGGAAGGAUUGUUCAUGAAAAAUAAAGGUUUGUUUCUUUGUAGAACGGUUAUCAUUGAUUUACUUGAUUAAGUGUAUAACAAAGUUCUCUAUUAUUGGUAGAGGGUAUUGCCCCAUGGUACUCCCUACAUUCAUGUCUGGUCCAAAUGUCUUAUGUCUUUGUUCUGUUUGAGUAUUGUCAUGAGCAUGGUCCUCUGUUCUUUAUGGUUGUCAUGUCAUUGUCCUAGAAUGAAAAAAAACAUGUUUUUUUACAUAAUGUAGAGCAGAAGUUGCAGAAAAUGAAAUUAACAAUAUGAUUGGGAUAAAAACCAUGUCUCUAAAUAAAGAACAUUUUGCCUGGAAUAAAAAAGAGCACUAUUCAAGAAAUAAUAGCAUGAUAAAUGUCCUGAGUGAUAAGAUGUCAAAUAGCCUAGCCUACUAUUGAUGUCAA